GUAACGCGAAUUUUCCUCUGCUUGUUAAAACCUUUAUUUAGUUGAAAACUGAAUGGAAAAAAUGAUUCUUUAAACCAGUAACCACCGUGUAUAAUAAAAAUGUGGCUUGUUCUAAUAUUUCAAACUUGGAUACUCUCUUGCACAUUUGAACAUGUGAUGUUGGCAACUUGUAACGGACAGAUAGACAGUUUUAUUUACCAAGACGGAAUAAAUGGCGACGUCUGCUACUGGCUGGGUACCACGACAUCAAACCUCACCGGGGCCUACGCUAAAUGCUUCAGUGAAGGGGGAUACCCCGCCCUUGUAGCCGACGUUUCAAUGGAUAAUGCCGUGGAUGCGUUUUUGACUUCUAAGGGCCUCGGUAGUACAGAAGUUUACAUUGGCUACGAUGUGGACACCACCGUGACCAAUUACCGGCUCAGGACGUUGUCGGGACAGCUACAAUCCUAUGAGAACUUCUUCUCCUACAACAUGAACAGCGCCACCUGGCAUUGCGUAUCAAUGUACUCAAGCGCCUGGUUUGCAGAGAAAUGCGACGAGGACUACCAUUUUCUCUGUAGCAACUUGUCAAACAUACUCGCACCACCAACAACCACAACAGCUCAGACAACUACGGAAUAUUCAUCCACAACAGAAUCCACAACAACAUAUCCAUCCACUUCAUUGCCAUCCUCUUCAUCGGAAUCCACAUCCACAACAACAUCUCCACCCACUUCAUCGCAAUCCCCAUCCACAACAACAUUUUCAUCUCUCUCAUCGCAAUCCACAUCAACAACAACAUCUUCAUCCACGUCAUCGCAUUCCACAUCCACAACAACAUCACCAUCCACAACAGGAACCACAACGCCAUCCCAAGGCUGCGCCUGUCCAACAAAUUGCGUUCCAGUAUCAAACACUGUUACAAUAAACUCCACGGAAGAGCUCAACGCGAAAAUAGCGGAGCUGAAAAAGGAAAUAGAAGUGGAGAAAUCCACACUGUCAUCCAACAUCCGCAAAAAGACGUCAGCAGACGACCCGCGGCCGUCCGCCAAAACAUUCGGUUUUAUAGGAGUCAUCAUUAUUUCUGUCGUCCUAGGAGGAAUCGUCGCUUUAGAUAUCCCAAGGCUCGUCAUUGGGUUAAAAGGGUUAAAGACAAACCUGUUAAAAUUCUGUAAGAAAUUUAAAAAAUAAUAGGAAAUGAAAUUUGUGAUUUGUAACUUUUGCAUCUUAGAAGUGAUGAGAACAAAAAAAACUAAGGUGAACGAUUCGUACCAGUAUUGAUUUUAUAAAGUCUGAAAACGUGCUUUUGAGAUAUAAUUAUUUGAUGUAAAAUUAAUAAGUAACUCUGUUCUUUGACCAUUUGUGGCUUGGUGCAAUA